AGUUGGCCAAAAUGGACGGCAUUUGUUUGUGUACGUCGGUCGCGGCACAACGUCGUUUCGCUUGCUGCUCGUGUCACAACGGUGAAUUUUACCACCAGAGUUUUCCAUCUGCACUCCAAUCCGCGCUCCAGGUGAAAGAAGGUUGCCUGAAAUUCGGGCAGCUCGGAAGUUUGUCUCACCGUUCAACACCCACGGGGCUGUGAGAGCGUUGGUUUUUCUGCUGAAAGUGCGUAAAUUUUGUGCAUGAGAAAUUGUAAAGUACAGUUAUUCGGUGGAUUUUGCAGCAACGUGUGUGUGCGCGUGUGUGUGAAGUGUGUAUGAGCGAGCGAGAGGCAGAGUGGUGGUGUGGUUGAAUUUUCAAUAACGGAUCGCGCAGGAGGCAAUUUAAGGGUGUGAAAAAUCAAAACCGCGAAUUGAAAGAAAGUAAAAAAAGGUGUAAAUUGUACAGUCUCACAAGCUGUGCCAAAAAGAAAAGGUAGCCCUUACCGUCGGCUCGAUUGUUGUGUGGCGUUCGUUUCGGUGGUUAAAGUUAUUUUGAAGAAGUUUAAGCUUUUUUGUUUUCGGUGUGAAAAGUGAAGCUAAAAACAAAGGAAAACCAAGCAUCUUAUACGAACGAGAAAGUUUGCGUUUUGGUACGAUCAAACAGAAGCGAACCUUCAAUUGUCCCGUCGGCAAACUGAACGUCCUAUCAAAUUGGGGGAAAACAAAUAAUUAAAGUGUAUGGUGGUGUUUUUUAAUUCAACUAAAACAAGUUAAAACCCGUUUUUACACCUCAAAUUACUGAUGCAUUUCAUCUGCGAAAGCAAAGCGUUGUCGUAUGCGUGUGCGUUUAAAUGUCCCACUACCGACGGCAACUGGGAAGAAAGUCAACACGAAGUAAACGUGUAAGUUAAAAACGGGUAACUACGGUGGCGUGAAAAACAGAAAAAGGAAAUUGUUCCCAAAACUCCUCCAGCGAUGGAUAGUUUUCGUGCGACGGCAAGCGAAGUUACCGACGGGAUGAUAUAAACGAUGACACCGCAGGCCAAAAACAGGUUCUCGUGAGCUCGCCAACGCUCCAAAACGGUGCGAUUUUCCUUCUGGCUGGCGAGCCUUUUUGUGUAAGUCGUUGCUGGAGGGUCAGUGCUGCCUGAGCCGGCUGAAAAGCGAAGAGGAAAAGUGUUGUUUGUUUGUUGGCUGGUUGCUGGAAAGUACAAGCGAGUUUCCCCGUGGGAAAAGGAAAUUGUGUCGCUCAGACAGAGAAGAAGCGAGGCGGAAGCGGGCAGUUUUUGGAAAAAAAAAAAAUCAAACAUUACACGCACAGCGUAAACUCCGUCACAAUGUCGGUGCAGGCAAAGAGGCAACACUGCUACCUGUGCGAUCUGCCCCGGAUGCCGUGGGCCAUGAUACACGACUUUUCCGAGGCGGUGUGCCGCGGGUGCGUCAACUACGAGGGGGCCGACCGGAUCGAGCUCGUGCUGGACACGGCCCGCCAGAUGAAGCGCAUCCAUUCGGCCGCCAGCGGUGGCGGGGCGGGCGGUGGCGGCGCCGGCGGUGGCGUUGGCGUUGGCGCUGGCAGCAGCAGCGGCAAGCGGGGCCACGAGAACGGCGAACUGUCACACCGGUCCGUGCCGACGGCCGCCGGUCCACAUCACUACUCCGUCCGGACCGGGCCGAACGGGUCGACGCUGGUCGAUUUCGCGCCCAAGCACGAUCCGCACGACAUUGCGAGCGUGCGGGCGGGCGCCCGGAUGCAGCAGCAUAUGCCGCCGCACCACAUGGCACCGCACGGUGCCGGCCGGCAGCAGGUACCGCCGGCCCUGUCCGUCAAUCUGAAGCGCCCACCGCCGGACGACGACGACCAUCAGAUGGAGGGCCCGACGGGUAGCGCGAAGCGCGGUGCCGGGGACGAUCCGACGGUGGCCAUUCAGCGGCCACCGCUGACGCGGGGCGAAUCGCUACCGGCCGUCCCGUUCGUGCCGGACCGUCAGCCAACGUACAAGGAUAAGCACCCGUUGCGGACCGGUUCGUUCGAUACAUUCAAGCCGCUCGACCAGAAACAACAAAAUGUGGGGAUUUUUGUGAACGCCCCAGUAAUGCCCCGAGUCUAUCCGAACGUGAUACCGAUCGCGCCCGCAUCGAUGGGCGGCGGUGGCGGCGGCGGAGGGGUUGGCAGUGGCGGCGGUGGCGGCGAUGGCACACCACCGGCCCCGUCCGUCGCGCCGUUGCAAAGCCCGAUGGCGAACCUAAUGUCGAUCACCGAAACCCUACCGCCCGGCAGCCCCCGGAAUGGGCCAAGCCCGCCGGGUCCGCCGCCACCGCGGACAGCUUCCCGUGGCUCACAGCACUCGCCGAACAGUUCCGGCUCCUCCAGUGGACGAAGAUCUUCCGGCUCUAGGCACGUGUCCAGCACGACCGUUACCUCGUCGGAAGCGCAGCAACCGAACUCGUCCCUGCCGGGCAGCGGCGGAUCGACGACACCGAACGGGGGCAGCGCGGGCGGCCCGAACGGAGGCAACGCGGGCACCCCGCCCGUACCGAUGGGUCCGCUCGGCCCCGGUCAGCAAAUGUCCCAGCAAGUACCUCCACCACCGCCCCAGUCACAGUCGCAAUCGCAACCGGGCGGACCGCCGGACGGUGUCCCUCCCGGUCUCGGUGGCAGUGCCGGUCCCGGCCCGAACCCGGCCGGUCCGAAUGCAAGCCCCGCACCGCCCGGUAGCGCCGGACCACCCGGCAGCGGCAACGGUGGACCACCGGGCAGUGGUGGGGCGGGUGGGCCGCCCGGUAGUGGAGGCCCCGGUGGGCUUCCGCCGCCGCCGCCCGGUUCGGGUGCGAGCAACGCACCACCGGGCACGGGUGGACCGCCGCCGGCACCGGCCCCGAACCCGACGCUCAAGUGCACUCUGUGCCAGGAGCGGCUCGAGGAUACGCACUUCGUGCAGUGUCCGUCGGUUGGACACCACAAGUUCUGCUUCCCCUGCAGCCGGGAGAGCAUCAAGCGACAGGGCUCCGGUGCGGAAGUGUACUGUCCGAGUGGGGAAAAGUGUCCGCUCGCCAACUCGACGAUACCGUGGGCGUUCAUGCAGGGCGAAAUUGCGACCAUUUUGGGCGAAGAGCUGAAGGUAAAGAAGGAGCGCGAAACGUAGAGAAGUCGGUACACCGUUGCCAACAGUGUCGCUGUUCCGGCGUGCACGGGAAGAUACACCACAAACACCAACGCCACCACGACCACCAGCACAAAUGGUGGUGGCAGCAGGAGCAGCAGCAGCGGCAGCAGCGGCGGCGGCGGCGGUUCCAUGUCUGUGGAAGGUGAACCGGUGCCAUCGGUUGCGGUGGGCCCGGCUGGCCGCUAUCACCCAUCGGUCGACGAUGCGUACGAUGACGACGACGACGAGGAUGAGGACGAUGAGGAUGCGGUGCAUAUUUGCGAGGACGAUGAUGCAGCGGAUGUGCGAAGCAUCGUGCGCGAAGAUAGGGAAUCACCGGGCGAAGAGUCGAACCUUGCUUACCAGCGUCCGAUAGCCGGACGCGGUUACUCUGGUGGCGGAAGAGCCGAUAACGACCAUCCGGCGGUACGAUCACACCCGAUCGAAACCGCUCAGCAGCGGCAGCAGCAAUCAUGGGACACGGAUUUCUAUCAACAAUCGCCGCAACCACAGCCGCCCUCGAUUCCUCAGCAACGCUACGAUCGUCAGCUCCGAUCGCAUCGACAUCUGCGCCAUCAACACCAUCACCAGCAGCAGCAUCAUCGUUGAAACCGUGCUGUGCGUUCCUUCACUUGUGAUGUGUGUGUGUGCCCCGGCCGGCUGAUGAUGAUGACUUCACCCGGGCACCAAGGCCUACAGUGCUAAAUUAUGUUGGACAACGGAAUGUGUGCAAACAAGGCAAACGAGACAAGCGCGGUGGUGAAUGUGGCACGGAAGCGUAUUUGCUCGCUUGGUUUUAUAAAAACCAAACGAACACCUUCCGCACACACACAAACACGCGCGCAACACGCUGUGUUGGAGAUUGUAGAUAGAGUGGUUUGGAGAAGGAUGUACGCUCCCCAGCGCUGGCGGAGCAGAAAUCUGUUUGGUAGUUUUUAAUGGAACUCGUUUUUAAAUUGUUCUGUGGGCGUACGCGCACUCACACAAAAAAAAACAACAGAAUACAACCCCAAGGAGAGGAGAACGUUGGUGAGGAGGGGAUACGUAGGAUCCGGGAAUGGAUGAUCGAAAUUUGUACAUAGAUUUUUGAACAUUUGGAACUACACGCACAUCAAGUGUGUGUGUGUGUUUGUGUAUAGUAUCCGAUCGACUGAUCGAUUGAUCGAUCCGUCUCGAUGAAGUUAGUAGGGAUUAUAAGGAUGCUCCGUUUCACAACUGCGUUUGGAUAGCAAUUAACACAGUUACAAUCAACCGGAAUAGAGAGAGCACGUUUCUUUCCGCUCAACAACAACAGCACCAACAAUAGCACCAACAACGCGCCAUAAACCACCGACACACACACACAACAAGCAUUCAAAAAUCCAUGUUUUUGUGGUAAUUUUUGGUUUUGCUGUGCGUGUGUUGGUGUGUUGGGUGUAGUGGUGAUGAUGGAUCGUUGGUUUUGUCUUCGUUCCUGCAAGAGUACAACGGGGGUAAUGGUUUUUCUUGUUUUAAGAUAGAGCAAACACACGACCGAAGGCGUUCUUCGUGCUCGUGUGUCAGUAAAGCUUACACAACAGCAGUAGCUUGUGUUUUGUGCAACACGUGUAAACACAAGCGGCACUUUAAACAGCUACCCUCUCUUCCUGCUGUGUGUGUGUGUGUAAUAAUAUUAUAAUAACACACCACACCCUGUACAAUUGUUGAAGUUUACACACCUUUUCGUUUUUUAAACUGUUAUAUGGGCCUUUCUUUCUUGUGUGUGUGUCUGUGUCGCACAAAGUCUUGUAGAAUUGGUGGCAUUCAAAAGCUAAAACUACUUCUUCCUGGGUUUGAAAACACAACAUACAGCAAGAAGCUGCAUUGUACCGGGAUCAAAAGCUAUUCAUUUGCUUCUUCUCUUUGGAUGUUGCAGAGGCGUUUUGAAUCGAUGUAAAGUUUGUGCAAGUGUGUAAAUGUAAAGCCGCUACACCACCAACUUACUUUCGUUUCGAAGCGUUUCGUCAUGAGCUGCUUCGCUAAUGCCAUAAUGAAAGGAAUGCCACACAAUGAUUGGAAAAUGGAGAGAGUGAGAGAGCAAAAACCUUAUCCAGAACUAGGAAUCGCUUCAGCCCGCGGAGAAGAAAGGGUUACGCUAUGCGACAUGGAAGCAGAGCAGAGGAUUGGAUACACAGAAGCUAUAACUCGAUUUUUGAGAGUUUACUAUAAGUUUGAGCAUGCUUUAGAGUUGCAAUUUUAUACACAUACGCAUAAGUACACACGGAUGCAUUCGUACGGCAAACUUUUGUACAAUGUAAGGAGCAGAAAACGAGGAGGAACGUUUAAUUAAGCCGCAGUUGUGGGGGGGGGGGAAUUUUUAAUUUUAUUACUAUGUACGUAUUUAUAACCGUAGUUUGUGACGAAUGAACGUUUAUUUAAUGUUUUGAUUUCGCGAUGAAAGAGUAGGAGUAACACAAAUACACAGUUUCUUCCGUUUUUUUUUUAGAUUUUAAAAUCCCGUUUUGUGGUGUCCUCCGUUUGUUUGUUGUUUUUUUGUACAUAUAUGCGCUAAGGUAAAAAACACAAAGGGGUAGCAGAAGAAAGAUAUAGUACAGUAGCUUGAGGAUAAGAAUAUUUCUUUGUAAAACAUUGUAAUGUACUGUUUCUUUACCUUUUUUUUUCUUCUUUUAAACAAACAGUUUAGUUUCCGAUUAUAUUCUGCGAAAAAGAAUUCUAAUUGCAUUGUACACAAACACACGUGCGCCAGCAGAAAUGGGCGGAAGAAGGAGAAAGUAAAUAAAUAAAAAAAAAAAACAGGAACGCAGAAAGCACUUUAAGAGCAAGGAGAGAGGGAGCGAGAGAAGAUGCGAGAGAAUAAUGGAAUACAAUUUUGCAAAUACAGUGAAAAAUAAUACAGUUUUACUUCUGGAAUGA